UUUCCCAUGUUGUAACACUCAUCAUCAUUUUAUACUUCCGAGAGUUUUAUUUGCGAGUAUAAGCUUAAUUAUCACUUAUACAAUUAUAAACAAAAAUCUAGUCAUCGAAAAAAGAAAACGAUACCUAGAAAAAAAGUAGAUACUUUUUAUUCAUUAAAGUUAAUCAGCGCCGAGUCAUUCAACAAGUUAAAAAUUCAAUUUACUGAAUUCUUUUCUAUUUUGAUUGAAAUUGGCCUUUUUUUUUUUUGGAGAAGAAAUUAAAAUAAAAUGGAAACGGAACUCAUAAGACCGGACAAUCCGUCAAAAUGCACGUGGAAGACAAAUUCUACAGAUAGCCCUCACACUAAUCGGAGCAAAAUGGCUGACAGGAAAACAAUAUUACCGAAUAUUUUAGAUGCAAUUGGUCAAACUCCAAUGGUUCGAUUAAACAAAAUUCCCAAAAUUCAUGGAAUUAAAUGCGAAUUGUUGGUGAAAUGCGAGUACAUGAAUCCAGGAGGUUCAGUGAAAGAUAGAAUAGCAGGGAGAAUGAUUAAAGAUGCAGAAGAAAAAGGUUUAUUGAAACCGGGUUGUACAAUAAUUGAGCCAACAAGUGGAAAUACAGGAAUCGGUCUAGCAAUGGCAGCUGCUGCAAAAGGAUAUAAAUGUAUAAUUGUCAUGCCACAGAAGAUGUCGAAUGAAAAACUUUACACGCUUCAAGCACUUGGUGCUCAAGUUGUAAGAACUCCAACUGAAGCUGCUUGGAAUAGUCCCGAGGGUCACAUUGCAGUAUCUCAAAAAAUUCAAAGAGAAAUUCCAGACAGCGUUAUUCUCGAUCAAUAUACAAAUGCUGGUAAUCCAUUGGCGCAUUAUGAUAAUACAGCCAUGGAAAUUUUGGAGCAAGCUGGAGGAAAAAUAGAUUAUUUAGUAGCUGGAGCAGGAACUGGAGGUACUAUUAGCGGUAUUGGUCGUAAGUUCCGCGAAUUAUCACCAAGUACAAAAAUAGUUGCUGUUGACCCAGAAGGCAGUAUUCUUGCUGAUCCUCCAGAACUAAAUAAAACUCCGACUACAUUUUACGAAGUCGAAGGAAUUGGUUAUGAUUUUGUACCAACGGUUUUGGAUAAUAAAGUAAUUGACAUGUGGAUAAAAUCAAACGAUUGUGAAUCCUUUAUCGCCGCACGUAGUUUAAUAAAAGAUGAAGGUCUUCUCGUUGGUGGUAGUAGUGGAGCAACUUUAUCAUCUGCUUUGAAAUUGGCGAAAAAUUUACCGGAGGACAAACGAGUUGUUAUUUUAUUGCCCGAUGGAAUUCGAAAUUAUAUGACGAAAUUCGUUUCCGAUUAUUGGAUGGAGAGUCGAGGUUUUUUGAAUCCUCCAGAGCCAGUUGAGGGCAAUAAAUGGUGGUGGAAUCUUCCUGUUUCCACUAUUCAUUUUAGUAAACCUGUAACUUUAUCAAAAAGUUCAACUUGCGAGGACGCUAUUAAUAUUCUUCAAGAGGGCAAAUUUAAUCAAUUACCAGUUGUUGAUCAAAAAAAUGAAAUUUUAGGUUUUGUCUCAUUAAAUGGAAUUUUAAGUUCAUUGAUCUCGGGAAAAGUAACAAAAAUUGAUAAAGCUGAAAAAAUAAUGUCGAAAGAAUAUCGUAAAGUUGUUUUGGCAACUUCACUUGGACGUCUUUCGAGAAUGCUUGAAAAAGAACAUUUCGCAGUGGUUUUAGAUGAACAUAAUGACGGAGCAUUUGUUGGAAUUGCAAGUCAAAUAGAUUUACUUGAAUUUAUAAACAAAGGUCAAACCAGUAAUGGCAAGGUUCAUACAAAUGGCACAAAUUGUGCUUAAAUUUUGCAAAUCUAGCGAAAAUGAUCAUUAAUUAUCAUUUAAAAAUACCACGGUGUGAAAUCUCGAUGACAAAAUCUAUAAUUUUUAACGUUGAAGAAUUUUUAUUUCAUUAUAUUCAUUUUUUUAAAAAAAUAUUUCUUCAGGUAGAUAUAAAAUUUAUAGGAUCAAUUUAUGCACUUGUAUUAUUAAAUUAAUUAUAGUUAUUAGAAGCAAGUCCACAAAAAAGUGCAUUGAAAAUAUAAAGAAAGAAAUAUUCAAACGAAUUGAAUACAUAUGAAAGUAAAACUAGAAUAGAGAAAUUGUUUAAUAUUAAUUAAUUUUCAAAUUGGAUUAACUAUUUAAUUAGUUUGAUUAAUUAAUAAAUAUUUAAUUUACUUUUUAAUUCACAAUUUGCUUUUUUAGAGAAAAGAGAAAAGAGAAAAUUCAUUUCUUGUCUUUUGGAAAAAAAAUACUGUUUUUUUAAUUUGAUAAUUUUAUUUUAAAGAAAGAAAAAGAGAUUUAUUAAAAUAGAAAUAUUUAUCUAAACUGAAGACUGUGAAUUUUCUGCUAUAAAAUCACAUAAUGUGUGAAUCAAUAGUUUUUUGUCAAUUUUUGAACAUUGUCGCACUCAGCGCACGACUGUUUAUUCUUACAAUCAAUAUUAAUUGUUUAAUAUAAUAUUUAACAUAUCGUGAGAUUAUAAACUAAUAAUAUCAACGAAUUUCUCUAAGUUUGUCUCAACGUAAAUUAAACAAUUUUGGAAAAAAAAUAUUUGCAAAUUCUCAACGGACCUACAUUUAUGAUCUAUAAGUAAGAGUUGAAUAGAAUGAAAUUAUAUAGCUUUUAACUAAAAUAUAAAAAUUAUAAAAUAUAUCAAAUAUAUCUAUAAAUCUUCAAGA